AAGCUCUUGGAUCAAAAAUGGCUUCUCUUAAGAUAAAUCUCCUUGUCGUCAGCAUUGCCGUGCUCUGCGUUUACGUUGUCUAUGAAAUAUCUGCUGAGUCAGCUCACUGUCGUUAUCACAGACAUACCACUUGGGACUAUCGAGUUAAGAAUUCCACUCAUGUGAAAUAUUACUACAGGGUCUACUACGGGAUCUGCAAUUCAACUGGGAACUUGGUUUUGGACUUGCGUGUUUCAGUUAAUGGCGAACCUUUGUAUUACACAAUAACGUAUUCCUUACAAAAAAGAAGCACUGAAGCAGACGAUGAAAGCUUUGAAGAAAGGGAAAGGAACAGUGUAGGAGAGGAAAGACAGACAAAGAGUGCAGAGGUAUAA